AGGUGAGUAAAAGUCAACAGCAAAAGACUCGACUCGGUCGAGGUAAUGAGUCAGUAUGUCGGAUUUAUCUCGAGCUCGGUCGUAUCUGUAUCAGUUCUCCGGCGCUUGAUACAACCUGGCUCGUCUACUCUCUCUGUCUCCUUCUCCUUUGGGAUUCGUUCUUCGGUUCGGUCUUUUCGAUCGAAGGAUGAUGAAGAUUAUGAUGCGUUGACUCGGUUUUGUGACUUUACUCUAGUUUUUGAUCAUAGGUCGGUGGACUUGAAUUUUAUGUAUGCUGCUGGCAACACAUUGGGAUGCACAUAGAAGAGAAACAACCCUGAUCCCCGUCCCCACGAUGAAAAUAAAACGUAAAAAUGGCUACCUGAGUAAGAUGCUCUCUGACCCCGCUUGAAUCUAGCACUGUGAAGAUCAUCCAAAAAUGUUUGCUCCCUGCUGAAGUUUCUCGUCCGUUGCAUGGCAGCGUCGCCGCCCGACAGAUACGCCAGAAUGUGGACACAACAUCAAGGUUCGAAGAUGCGCGCACGUCGUGUCGACUCCGCGGUAUAUGUCGAGUGCAUGAAGAGCCACGCGAAGAGGAAUGGCGCUCGUUUCAUUCGAUACGUACGUGGCGGGGCUUGCGGUGUGCCUUCGCGCCGGGAAGGCAGUCCGGAGAUGCACCAGGCGGGACUGGUGCACACUAGCGCCACAACCCUCGGCGUCCAUGACGUUGAAAUUGAAGAUGAAGACGCUUUACCAGUCUUUUUCGAUGGUGAACGCUUUCGUGCUGAUGAGGAGGAUAUCGAAGUUGUUGUGCGUGUCCAUGACGGAAACCGAAUCGGAGAUGCUGAAGUUGAUUUGCUCUCGUCUUCGCUGCCGUCAUCCACAUCUUCGAGCUCAGCAUCAUCAGGCUUGGAGGUGAUGUCAUCGGAUGAAGAAUACUUCGGUGGUGCGACUUCGAGGAACAGGAACGCUAGGAUUCAAGCAAGUUCGAACACAACGGAUUCAUCCGAAAACUCUCACGUGUCCGAUCCCGACCUCUGUAAUUCAUAGAAGAUAAAAUAGAGUAAUCGACUCGCAUGGUUUUGACAAAAUUUCUAAACAUCAUGCAAGUACUAUCGUCCGCUCAUGGAUUCCAGACCCUUCCAGAGUGCAUCCUACACGCGACACAAAUUUUAUCUCAACAACUUAUAUGAUGUAACCGGAUCUCGAUGUCACCUUUGACUAGCAGCUCGCUGCUUUUGAUUGCUUUUGUUAAACUUGCAGUAUUGCGACGGACUAAGAAGUGAGAAAGAGACAAGGCGGUGUUCGUCUUUUCUUGUGCGGUUGUUCCUUCUAUAAAAUUAUAAUGCGUUGUUUAUGCUUCCACAAAAGAGGUGAUGCCCCACUGAUUUACGCCAUUCCCGGAGAAGUAGAGAGAUGUAUGCUUGAUGCUGCGAUCUUAGUCCCUUAAUGAUCAAUCCGGUUAAUGUCAAAGAAAGUUCAAUUGAGUGGAUUAUGAGAAGCAAAGGCGUGGUUUGAGGGACAGUCUGAGAAAUCCAUGAAAGGUGCUGCGGUCUUUCCUUGGCCUGUUUCAGGCAAGGCAGGAUGAUGCAGAGUGGGGCAAAAA